CAUCACAUCGCCCCGUAUAUAUUUGUACAGGCAUUUAUUUUGCUCGCUCACACUAUUCCUAUACAGACCGUUCACUUACCAGUAACAGUAUGGCGUGCGUGUUAAAUCUGUUUGUUUUAAGUUUGACUUUAUUGGCAACCCUAUCAGUCGGAUCAAGGCAAUUUGAUGUACUGGACAAGAAAAUCAACGCAGUCCAUGAUAUAAUGGAGGUGAAAAUAGAGAUGAUCAAAGAAGACUUGGCGAUGGUUGUCAAGAACCUCAACAUGAGUGCAGUUGGUGAAAUUCAGGGGACGAACGGGAACGUUAGCACGAUCCAAAUUGCAAACACUAUGGUCGAGAAUAUGAAAAAUAGCAUUCAGGCAGCCGAAGAUUUCUAUAAAGUAAUUCACCGUGGUUUUAUCUCGGAGAAAAUGGCUUUGAGGAAGAGUAUCUCGAGGAUUGAACAAAGCAUGACUAAUUUACAACAUAAACUAGAAAAUGUCAACGGAGAUUUGACUUCAAAAUUUCAGUUAUUGAAUGCGGAAAUCAACAAAAACAAAGACGAUAUUGAAAAAAGAGUUGAAAAAGCAAAACAAUACGCAAUUCUAAAAUCAAACGAAGAUUGCAAGAUAUCGAACAUCAAAUUCAACGGAGAGUUAAGUUUACUACAAUCAAAUUUUAUGAAAAUCGUAAACGACGUUAAGAAGGAUUUAGCUGAUAUUCGUGUCAUUUCGAUUAACCAAUUAACUUUUACACGUCAUACAUAUGAUAAUUCAAUUUAUUUUGAACUGAAUAGCACGAUGAACUUUUCUGAGGGAUCGCGGCGUUGCAGACAGUACGGCGCUCAUCUGCCGGAAGUGACCACCUCGGGGGAAAAUUCGUUCUUGAGAAACACAUUCGUUGGAAGCCGAAGAGGAAUCCGAAUAUUUCUUGGUGCGACUGAUCAAUUGAUUGAAGGACACUGGAUAUGGGAAUAUACAGGACAGGAAGUCCGUUAUCAGGACUGGAAUACAGGGGAACCGAACAAUGAGAAUGGCGGAGAGGACUGUCUAGAGAUUUCUUACUGGAAUGUGCGCUGGAACGAUGCAAGAUGUACAACUAAUAUGACUAUCGUGUGUGAAUUUAACAUUUGAAGACUGAAUUCCACAUGUGAAGAUAAGAUGGCAACGUAAACAUGAGGAUAGGACAACAACUCAUUAAUUAGUGUAAAUAUCACUCAAACUCGUACGUGUAUGAAUGCUUUCGUUGGGCUUAUUCUUCUCUUUUGAAUCUUAACAGUAUAAAGAAUGUUUUGUACUGCAAACACAAACUCUCUACAUUUUAAUGAGAGCAGGAAGGACGAUUCGUACAAAUAUCAACUUUGAAAUUGAUAUUUCGGAAAUCUAAUCGGAUGAAAUGUAAUGGUAUUUCUGUCACAGCAGACGACUGCAUGCAGAGAAAUGUAGCAUAGUUAUGUCACAUUUAUAUUUGAUCGCGUAUUGAAUAUCUGCACGUGAACCCAUGUUGCGUUGCUAAGGUGACAUAUUUCCAGUUGGAAUCUUAAUGAGAACUAUAUUUUACUUUGCUGCGAUCAGAUUCAGGACUACUUUCUGUAUUGUUUACGAGUAUGUUUACAACGCUAAGUGUUUUCUUUUGAUAAAAUUAUGAAGAUCCGGUA